AAGCGCAAGAUCCGCGAGGUGGUCGAGGCGGUCGACCCGGAGGAGCGGCUCAGCGACGAGGUCGAGGAUCUCCUGCUCGAGAUCGCCGACGAGUUCAUCGACUCGGUGACGCGCUUCGGGUGCCAGCUCGCCAAGCACCGCAAGUCGGACCGCCUCGAGGUCAAGGACCUCGCGCUGCACCUC